GUAUUUCCGCACAGUUCUAGUUUGACAACCUCAUACAUAAAUAUAGAGCGCUGUAUAUGCCGACUUGUCGAGGUUCCUUCUGCUUUCGCAGAAUCGUGUAUGUGCGCACCCUUGACCAAAAUUGCUUCUAGCUUCGCUAAGGGUAUCCAGCAAGCUCUAAACUGUACAUAACUAUCACAAACGUUUACAAAGACAUUGGGUUAGCUUGCUCUCGGGGGCUGGACUUCGUUUCUGCGUACGCCUUUCUUCACAAUGGCGUCACUCCAAGAAGUUCCCUUGCCUGGAACGGCGCUAGCGGAGGAGCUGGAUCAGCGGCUGUUGGUAGUUUUGCGCGAUGGGCGCAAAUUGCUCGGCACGCUCCGGUCCUUUGACCAGUUCGCAAACCUCGUCAUUGAAGGAGCUGUGGAGCGGAUUAUUGUUGGAGAGCAGUUCGGCGACAUCCCUAUGGGCCUGCAAAUUAUCCGCGCGGAGAAUGUGGUGCUGCUGGGGAGAGUGGACGAGGCGAUAGACGCCCCGGAGGGCCUCACGCGCAUACCUGCCGCGCAAAUCAAGGAGGCACAGAAGGGGGAGAAGGAGCUGAACAAGCUGAAGAGCACGAUACGUGCGCGGAUGGACUUCCUGGACCUGGACUGAGGGGGGGCGGCCGUGCCAUAUCACCCGGUGCCAGGACACGACAUUCUAUGAUUACCUUGUCUGAAGGGCUGCCGUAUGCUUGCAUGGGGUAUAGGGGAUGGCAUACGCUCGCAAGCAAUGCAUUGACAGCACAUUAAGGCGUUGCGGUUGGCACGGGCGCGUGUGUGUGGGCAGAUGCAAGAUGCACCUUUCCCGGCGACGGCGCAGUGCCUGGGCCAUACAUGUAUCGGACCCUGCAUUGGCCUGGUCAGUCAGCGUCCAGGGACGGUAGGACGUGCGUCGGCGCCUGGCUUCAGUACACCUGCAGUAAGGUUUUGAAAGGCUACAAGUAUGGAACUGGCUGGACCGCGUCAAGGGCAGGAGGGUUUGUCAGCCUGGACCGCGGUGCUAAGGAACAUGGGGUGGGACCAACAUGCAAGCCAAAUGAGAUGUGAAGGAACGCACUGUGACUGCUGCCAAGCAGAGGCGGGGCUUAGUGCUACUUAAUAGCUCAUAGUGGAGCUUGGUGAGGUGAUUGUUCGAUUUUGCGGCGUGAGAGCCGCCUCACCCCGGUUAGCGCAUGUGCUUGAGUGCUGUACCGCAGUAUGGUGGCUCGUGGAGACUGCGCUGUGACAGGACCACGAUGACUUGCAGUGCAACUGCGCUGUAUGUGGGGACUGUGAUGGCCUUGGAAGCAGAAGUAUGGGACUCUGCACUUGAUGUGCGUGUUGCUUUGCUGGUAUCUGCCAAAGAAUUUCGCGCAAAGCCAGGCCAGGGCAUGUAUUGCAUGAUUUUG